AUGAUAUACGUCACCAAUGACUUGAAACUUAGAAUAGUGGACCCUGUUGUGGAUGGUGAGCAGAGCGAUACGCAGUCACAACAGACGAGUAGUACAUUUAGAAAGAUUGCAAAGAAUGAUAUUAGACGUGAGGUUUCAUUGGCGUCAAAGGUUGGUGUGUCAUCAGGUCGCAGACCAGUGGCACUUCAGGUUGGAUACACAACACCACUCGUACAGGGCUAUAGACAGAUGCCCACUCAGAUGGUGGUCGUUGUCACUGAAGACUGGGGCAUCCUGGCCUUUGAUCAUCUAUUGCGACCUCUCUGGGAGAGCUAUGUUGUUGGUGAGAUACCAAAGAAUAACUAUCAUUCUGAGGUGACCAUCGCCAUCGUACCAAUGGGCGUUGAGAAUGGUGAUCAAGGAGUUGUCGUGAUUGGAGGCCGCCUGGAACCAAUUCCAAAUGAGAUGCAUCGAUCACCAGAGAUACCAGCGAUUGGACUGGACAUAAACAAGGCGAUGGCAAAGGAGAAUACAUUGGAUGAGGGCGAGCCAGACGACGACGACGAUCACACUCAUGGCAACAAGGCCAAUGAUCAUGGCGAUGAUGACGCUCACAAGGACGAGAGUCACUUCUCAUACUUUGCACUCAAUGCACUGGAUGGCAAACUGCGAUGGAAGCACACAGAGGAAUCAUUCAUGCCUGACAACCCUCAUGCACAUGAGAAGAACGAGAAGCGACAUAGUUACAGACAGCACCUGUUCUCAUUGUUGGAUCAUGUGGGCGAGGUCAACUGGAAGGUGUACAAACAGUCGAUGCUGGCAUCCAUGCCACACAGAUGGUCGUCCAACUUUGACACCAAGUUUGACGUGCGGCACUUUGAAAAAGGCUCGUCCAGCGUCAAGCAUGGCGCGGCCGAUACUGAGCACGAUGAGUGGAACACCGAGGUGGUGGGCGUGCAUCCCUCACAUCUGGACAACAUUGUUGGCGCAUCCAUUCUCAGUCCACACGCAGAGGCGGACCAUGUCGUCGAGCCCAAUGUGAUUGUGGCUCACACCAAGAAUGGAUUGGAAGCGAUACAGAUACACUCUGGCAGGACCGUGUGCAAGAUGAUCCUGGACAAUACGGAUCACUACCAGAACAGCGAUCACUACAUUGUCUACACCGACCUGAAUGGUGACGGCAUGGUCGACCAGGUGCACGCGAUGGCCGGUGACUUCCCUGGGGCCUCACAGUUCUCGCGUAGUCGUAGACCAGAGAUAUGUCUGGGUAUGGCGAUGACCGGACUGCCACCACGCGACUACCUCUUCAAUCGAUCAAUAUGCAAUCAAAAUGGCGUAGACUUUGACUACUUCUUCUGGCGCAGUGUCCCUGGCGGUGCGAACGAUGCCGGUGGCGCGCUCAACGGUAUCCAAACAGUGGCGCCAGCGAUUAUCGCACAUCCAGCCACACCCAACUCCAAAGAGAUCGUGUUCCUGGUCAGCUCGGGCAAGAUCACAAGCGUACGAUUCAACGGCGCCCAGAACUGGGCGCGUGACACUGAUGCGAGAUGGAGCAAGCGUGGACAGCCAUAUCCACACCCUUCGAUACAGGGAUUCUCGAUCGAUGCGUAUGGCGCCAAGACUCACAUCUUGGCAGUUGCCGAGUCUUUGGUGAUUCUCACGCAGCAGGGCGAUGUGAUGAUCAGUGAGAAGCUAGGUGGCAAGCGAUCAAGUAGUCCAAUGUCAACAGAGCGUACAGACAUGGCUGCGGUAUCCGUCAUACCAAUGGGACCACCAGUGAUUGGAGAUUUGAACAAUGAUGGCUACAACGAUAUCAUCGUGCCAACCGUGCACGGAUACUAUGUCUAUCUGAUGGAGCAUGGACAUCAGACUACCGUGCUCACCUACUUUAGUGUCUUGUUCACCUCGGCCUUCCUAUUUAUCGUGUUCAAGACAAGAGACACUGGUAGUAGCAGUACUUCAUCAUCAUCACAAGGUACAGCAGUUGUUGGCAAGUUGUUUGGAAAGAGUUCUGGUGGUGGCAACACAAUAUCAUCGCGUUUGAGUGGUCAUUACAAGAAGGAUCAGGAUCGUUGA